GUCAAGUUCAGAGGAGGGCUGUCAAUUGUACACUUUCAGCAACCGCACGCAGUAUCUGCUUUGCCAUACUUUCCGACAGGUGAUUACAGUGACCGGCACGAAAGUUUGCACAUCAGAAACCCAAAAUGGCCGCAUGGAGAGCAGCUGGUUUGAAUUACAUCAACUAUUCCAACAUCGCGGCGCGUUUACUCCGAAAAGCCCUUAAGCCCGACCUGAGAGCACAGGCUGCCCGCCGAGAUGAGUCGCACAUCAAAUUCACCAAGUGGCAGAACGGAAAGCCGGAGAAAGUUGUCAGCGAGGCCAAGUAAAUGACUGUUGAUCAUGAUUUCCUCAGCGACCCGGCAUACCAUCGCAAUCCGCUGUUAGUGAACGAAUUAAACCACAGUGUCACAAACGUGAACAUCAAAU